AUGCCCUCCAACGAGCUGCUGUUACAGGAAAGAGAUAUUCUCGACAAGCUAUACGAUGCGGAAUCCAUGAUGGAGAUUGAAAAGUCUGUCGCACAAGGUUACAUUACAUUAUUGGGAGGCAACCAGGAUGCCGAUGCAGACCCAGCACUUUCUUUCAUGGCGCUGACGCAGGGCAAUGUGAUUGAUGCUUGUUUUGGAGUUUCUUCGGCAUCCAUGUCAAGGGGAGAAGUCACUCCGAAUAUGCAAGCGGCCCGCGCGGCCAAGGCACUUCUCGACGAAUCGGCCCUGGAACGGCCGGGAACGGUGGUCAAACGAGUCAAAUCGAAGUUGUAA